UCAUUAUAGUGAAAAAAAAUUGAUAAUUUGGUUAGACUUGUUGUAAUAGUAACUUCAUCGUAUCAAACAUGCUUAUUCCAAGAGAAGAAAGAAAGAAGAUUCACCAAUACCUCUUCCAAGAAGGUGUUGUCGUUGCCAAGAAGGACUUCAACCAACCAAAGCACGAUGAAAUUGACACCAGAAACUUAUACGUCAUCAAGGCUCUCCAAUCCUUGACUUCUAAGGGUUUCGUCAAGACCCAAUUCUCGUGGCAAUACUACUACUACACCUUGACUGACGAAGGUGUUGAGUUCUUGAGAACCGAAUUAAACAUCCCAGAAGGUAUCUUACCUUUGACCAGAUUGAAGGGUGCUCCAGCUGAAAGACAAACUUUCAACAGAGGUCCAAGAAGAGGUCCAAACGACUCUUACAGAAAGAGAGUUCCUCGUGAUUAA